AUGUCACUGAGCUCUCCACGAGUUCGUCGAUCUGCUGAUCUCUCGAGGCAACGGCGGCCUCUAAAUCGGCGAUUUGAGCGUCGUGUUGCUGUUGAAUUUCGAGUGCCCUCUCUAGAUGAACGAUUCGUUCGUGCAGCUCCUGGUUUGACUUGA